AUGCUUUCUCGAAGACUACCCCUCUCCUCCUCCCAAGCUUCCAUCCUCGUUCGCGGGUUGACGACCUCUGCGCUAUGCCGAGAGCCUGCUCGUUCUCCAGGCUUGGGCGACAUCACUCCCGACGGAUCAGACGCAUUCAACGCAAAGCAGAAGGAGUUCCGAGAUGGACUUGAAGCGGCCAGAAAGAGAAAGGAACAAGCCGAUAGUCAGUUAUUUGCCACUUCUACCUCUCCUUCAUCCCCUAGUACCACUGCCUCUGGCGUGUUUGAAUCUUUGGGCUUGGGCUCACUCUCCAUCGCUCCUCGUGCAGAAGAAGCAAGAGAAGCUGAAACAGAUACGUCGACAAAGCGAGGAGGGAAGCUUUCUAGCUUCAUCUACGGUACACCUGAGGGCCAACAACUGGACAAAGACAUGGAGAGAUCGUUCUCGCAGGUUUUGGCGAGGGGUAAAUACGUCCACUCGAUUGUCUUCCACGACGUAAAGCCCGACAAAGUCGACGAAUACGUCAAGCUUGUUGGGACUUGGUACCCCAAGAUGGCAAACAUGCCGGAAAACAAAGUGCACCUUGUUGGCAGUUGGCGGACAGAGGUCGGCGACUGCGACACCUUCGUACACAUCUGGGAAUACCAGCGCUAUACUGGCUACCAUGCCUCUUUGCACAGUAUUUCUCAUCACCCAGAGUUUCCCGACUUUGACAAGAAACUGAAGACGCUCAUCCACUCAAAGAAGGUAUCACUGAUGCAGGAGUUCUCCUUCUGGCCCACAACACCGCCACGGAAACUUGGUGGUCUGUUCGAGCUACGGUCAUACACUCUGCAUCCUGGCAACCUGCUAGAAUGGGAGACCCAUUGGCGAAAAGGCCUCAGAGCGCGGCGCGAGGUGAUGGAAGGCGUGGGCGCCUGGUUUGUGCAGAUUGGAGACCUCAAUACGGUGCAUCAUCUGUGGCAGUUCGCCGAUCUAGAGGAACGAAAGUUGAGACGUGAACAGUCAUGGGGAGUGGAAGGUUGGGGUGACACUGUCCACAAGACCGUGCCCCUCAUCCAAACCAUGAAGAGCAAGAUUCUCAUCCCUAUGCCGUGGAGUCCAGUCGGCUAA